AUGGUGGCAGAUGAGAUUCUGAAGGACGCCAGCCUGCAGCAGAACAAUAGCAGAGGCCAUCACGACGAUUACGAACAAAAUGCCGUUUCGGAUUAUAAAGGACCUCUGAAACGGAGUCCUUUUCGCGCGUUAGUCCAAGAUUUUAGCCCAAUAUGGUUCACAUGGUGCAUGAACGCUGGGAUCAUUGGAACAUUACUCCGUCGGUUGCCAUAUCAAUUUCCGGGACUUCAAACAAUCUCAACUAUCGCAUUCAUACUUGACCUUGCCCUGUACAUUGUCUUCUCCGCCAUUUACAUUCUACAUUUCGUCAUCUUUAGGCAACAAGCGUACGACGAACUAGUCGGCAGCGUGGCGGACUUGUGCCUGUUCCCAUGCUGGUCGAUUGCCUGGAUGACGCUAGUGUCAUUCGUCAGUCUCACAGCGAGCAAUGCAUCUUGGGGCGGCCAUCCAUUCACCAUUGUUGCAUGCGUUAUGUGGUGGAUGGCCGCGGCUUGGAUCUUUGGCAUGCUAUUCUAUGUCUUCGUCAUCCUGAUCCGGCGGCAUACUAUCCUCGACCGUCAGCUGCCGACCCUAAUCAUCAUCCCGGCUGUCGGAGUGUCAACAUUAGCGGCAGUUGGCGGCCUUGUCACCUGCUUUUCUCACGAGAUAUCUGCGAGGCUGGCGGUCCCUAUCAUCAUUAUGUCAUUCUGUGCAGUCGGGGUAGGUAUCUUACUUGGUCUGAUACUGUACACGUACCUUUUUCAUCAGCUCCUCGCGAAAGGCUGGCCACUGCCACCUCAGACAGCCACCCUGUUUAUUCUUGUGGGACCCAUGGGACAGUCAGCAGCUGCGCUUCAAUUGCUUGGGUCAGCGGCCAACACUCAUGGCCAUUUCUCAGCGUACAAUAAAGGGUUUUUCUUGACGGGAACAGCGGCCAUCUCACUCGAAGUUGCCUGCUCUUUGCUGGCGCUCUUGAUGACUGGCCUUGGUGCAGUCUGGUUGGGUCUUGCGUUCUGUGCGAUGAUCGAUCGAGCUUAUCGUCAAAAGUUGAUCUGGGCACCGACGUGGAAUGCUAUCAUAUUCCCCACUGCUACAUUGGCGACGUCGACACUACUUUUUGGCACAGAGAUGGAUUCUCCAUUCUUCAGAGUCGUGACAGUCAUUCUGGUUAUUUUUCUGAUACUCGUGUUUUUUGUCAAUACCGCUUUUACUCUCCGGAAGAUCUUCAAAGGAGAACUCCUCAUUGUCAGAGAGGAUCCGCGACUCAAAGAACAACAAGACGAAAGGCGCAAAGCAAGGUAG